AUGAACGACGAUUUAAAGGAAUUAAGUAAGUAUGAAUGUACAGAAGAAUCAGAUAGAGAUUCAGAAACAUCGAAUUCAGAUGAUGAAAUAGAGGAAGAGAUAGAUAUAUAUUUAAAUAAUGUUAAUGAAUAUCAUAUAAACAAUAUUAAUACAUAUUUGAUACAAUAUCCAUUGCGCCCUAAAUAUAGACCAUAUAAUUUUACAAAUAAUAUUCAAAAGAUAUAUAAAUGUAAAAAUUAUAAUAAAUUAAAAAAUAUAAAAAAUAAUUUUAGUACAGAAGAAGAUACAUAUAUAUUUGAAUAUAAAUUACAUGAAAAUAUAAAAGAUGAUGUUAUUCAUGAAUCAAAUACAAUAUAUAAAGAUGAACAAAUUGAUAAAAAUAUAAGUAGAUUAAUAAGUACUAGUGUUGUGUGUGAAUAUAUUACUAAUUGUGUAUGCGUAUUUCAAUAUAAUGAAAUAAAAAAAAAAAAAGAAAUAUAUAUGAUACCAUUAAAACAUAUUUAUCAAUUUAAACCAUGUUAUGAUAAUAUAAAAUUUAAUUUGAAUCAUAACCCCAAAAAUUUAACUCGAGAAGAAGAAGAUGUUGAAGGGGAAAUUGAUACUGACUCUGAACUAAAGAAAGAACAAAAAAUGAUAAGAACCGAAAUAGGAGUAAAAAAUGAAAUAAGUAAUUCUACAAAAGUAGAAGAAGAUAAUAAUAAUAAAGAAAGAAAUGAUAAUAUAAAUAAUAUAGUAGAUGAAAAUUGGACUAGCAUUGGAAAUAUAUUUGAACCAGACUCAUGUGAAGCUCAUGAAAUUAUAUCGUUGUUUACAAAUUUGAAUGUAAACAAAAAUAUGGUUCUACAAUCAAAUACCAAUUUUGAUGAGGAUAAUAGGGAGUUAAAAAGAGGUGAUGAAAAUAUGAGUGAUGUUGAAGAAAUUGAAUUUAAUAGUGAUGGAUAUUUAUAUAUAAAUCAAAUAUGUAAAUAUACCAGUGAAAGCUGGCAAAAUUCUUUAUAUAACAAUAAUAAAGAAAAUAAAAAUAAAGAUAUUCAUGGGAAAAAUAGUGGUAAUAAUUAUAAGAAUGCAGAAGACAUAUAUACAAAUUUAAAUAUGAUACAUUUAUUUUCUUUAACUUUAGAUGAACAAAUAUUAAAAAUAAUGAGAAUGAAAAAUGUUCAAAAUUUUAACGAAAUUGAAAAAAUUAUUAAAAAAAGUGUUAAUAAUGAUAUACUAAUAAAUACAUUAAAAACAUAUUGUGUUAAUAUGUUAGGAUUAUGGGUAAUUAAAUCAAAAUAUUUAUAUAAAUUUUUAAAAUGUAAAGAUGAGGAAAAAAAGAAUGACCCAGAAAAAAAACUAAAAACCUUUUCUUAUGUAGAUUAUAAAAUUAGUGUACGAAAUUUAUUACUGGUAAUAAUAUUUAAGCAAGUUGAACCACUCUUGUUAAAAUAUAUAAAUGAUAAAAAGGAAAAAAAUGAUUCUAUAGGAAUAAAAAAUCUGGGUAUUGAACAAAAAAAUAAUAUUAGCAACAAUUUAAAUAAAAAAAUAAAUUCAUCAAUGCCUAUAAUAAUGGAAAAUUUUGAAAAAGCAACAAAUUUACCAAGUAGUGUACUUUCUGAAAUAUUCAUUCCUUUGUGUGAAUAUAAAUAUACUGGAUAUUUUUUUAAACAUAAAAUGGAUGAAAAUUUUAUAGAUAACAAUACUGAAUUAUGUUUAUUUUUUAAUGAAAAAUGGAAAAAUAAAAUGGUAAAAGUUGCAAAAAUUAUUCAAACACAUAAAAAUAGUAAAAUUGUUAUUAAUGAUUAUAAAUUAGAUAUUAGAACUAUAGAAAAAAUUAUUACAGAUUUAUUAUAUAAUAGUUGUUUAUUUUUUGAUGAUAUAUAUAAUAAAGUAAAAAGGGACCUCAAAAAUACAAACAUCGAUCUACAAACAUUUGAACGAGCUUUAAAUAAUAUUGCAAUUAAUAUAAAUAAUAUGUGGAUUUUACGUAUAGAUAACCAGAGUGAAUUUAAUAAAUGUAGGAAUGCAGUUAUUAAUAUUUAUCAAAAUAAUCAUAAUUCGAUUUUAUCUAAAAAUGAAAUUAUUCAACAUACAGAAAAAAUUAUAAAAUCCCCUCUAACCAUUCCGGAUAUAUAUUUUAGAAAUAUUUUAAAAGAGUUUUGUAUUCAUAAAAAUGGAAAAUAUUUAUUUAAAGGAAAUGACCAAUUAAAGAAUGGGGGUACUGAUAUUUAG